AUGGUGUACACACAAAACGCUGCAAACUUCAUCUGCAGUCUCGAGAGCACGUGAGAAAUCCAUUAGCAGCGCGCGCGCUCAAGUUUUAUAUAUUUUUUAUACACGAGCUGCUGCUUUAUUCUCUAAUCUCAUCCGGUUGUGGCCUUCCCGCUCACGCGCACGUGUGUGUGUGUGUGUGUGUGUGGUGGGUGGGUAAGAGACAGAGUGUGUAACAGAGUCAGACUAAGAAGUGCGUUGUGCUGUUCCACUCAGCGCGCGCGCUCCGACCUGCAGCAUGCGUCUUCCUGUCCGCGCGCGUCGCACCUGAAGCUCACCUGUUGUUCCCGCUGCACAACUUUUCUUCCAACUUUUCCCUUCUUCCCGUUGUGCUUCUUUUUCUUCAAUCUUUCUCUCUCCUUUUCUACCGCGACAUGCACCAUCACGAGUUGGGGUUGAGCGCGAGCCCGGGUCCGGUCAUCCUUCAGACGGAGUCGCGCGACCGAUGGGGCAAAAAAGGCGACUUUCUGCUCUCGGUGAUUGGAUUCGCUGUGGAUUUGGGCAACGUUUGGAGAUUUCCCUACAUCUGCUACCAGAACGGCGGAGGAGCCUUCCUCAUCCCCUAUACCCUCAUGGCUAUAUUCGGGGGUGUACCACUCUUCUACAUGGAGCUGGCUCUGGGGCAGUACCACCGCACAGGCGCCAUCUCCAUAUGGAAACACAUUUGCCCCAUAUUCAAAGGCAUCGGUUUCUCCAUCUGCGUCAUCGCGCUGUACGUCUCGUUCUACUACAACACCAUCAUCGCGUGGGCCUUGUUCUACUUCUACUCAUCCUUCAGCAGCACUCUGCCCUGGACGAACUGCGACAACGCGUGGAACACGGAAAACUGCACCAACUACUUCGGCAAGGACAACGUGACGUGGACAAACUACUCGCGCUCACCGGCCGAGGAGUUUUACACGAGGAACGUGUUGGAGCUCCACGAGUCCGACGGUUUGGAGAACGUGGGUGUGAUCCGCUGGCAGCUGAUGCUCUGCCUGUUCCUCAUCUUCACCAUCGUCUACUUUAGCCUGUGGAAAGGAGUCAAAACAUCGGGCAAGGUGGUUUGGGUCACAGCCACUCUUCCCUACGUGGUGUUGUUCAUUUUGCUAAUUCGAGGUGCAACGCUACCUGGAGCCUGGAGGGGCGUCGUCUUCUACCUGCAGCCCAAAUGGGAGAAACUAAAGGAUACAACUGUUUGGGUGGAUGCCGCAGCUCAGAUCUUCUUUCUCGGCCCUGGUUUUGGAGUUCUGCUUGCUCUUUCCAGUUACAAUCCGUUCAAUAACAACUGCUACAGAGACGCCAUUGUGACGAGUUUGGUGAACUGCCUGACCAGCUUCAUGUCUGGCUUUGUGAUUUUUACCGUUCUGGGCUACAUGGCUGAGCAGAGACACGUUAACGUGGAAGAUGUAGCCAGAAAUAAGGGCCCGAGUCUUCUGUUCAUCACUUACCCAGAAGCCAUUGCCAACAUGAUGGGAUCCACGUUUUUCGCCAUUAUCUUCUUUGCGAUGAUGAUCACACUGGGAUUGGACAGCACGUUUGGAGGUCUGGAAGCCAUCAUUACUGCUGUCAUGGAUGAGUAUCCAGACUUUCUAUCCCACAGGAGGGAGGUGCUUGUGUUGGGUUUGGUGGCCAUCUGCUUUUUGGGUUCUCUGAGCACUCUUACUAAAGGAGGUGCGUAUGUAGUUAAACUACUUGAGGAGUAUGGAGUCGGAUCCUCCAUUAUAGCUAUUGUGUUUUUGGAAGCCACCGCAGUCUCCUGGUUUUACGGGAUCAACAGGUUCAGUAACGAUGUCAAAGCCAUGCUUGGGCACAUGCCCGGACUCUUCUGGAGAUUUUGUUGGGUAGCCAUCAGCCCGACUUUUCUAGCGUACAUCAUCAUCAGCUCUCUGCUGAACCCGGCCCCGCUUGUGAUGUUCGAUUACACCUUUCCUGACUGGAGCGUCACGGUGGGUUACAUAAUCGGAGCCUCGUCUUUCAUUUGGAUCCCGGUCUACAUGGUGUAUAAGCUGGUGUGGACGCCCGGCUCGCUUAAGCAGCGUCUGGCUGUUUGUCUGCGACCCGAACGAACGCUGCCGGACAUCCACACAGACACGCUGGGUUUGACUCCGAUCAGGCUGGACCUCUGUGAUCCUCCGAAAGCUCAUCUAACAAACUGGGGUCAGGAUUCACUUCAGGAAAUCAUUGAGAAAUUACCGUGAAGUCGGCGAGGACACGUUAAAAUCUGGAACGCAGCGUUUAUCCUAUAGCCAAAUUGUACAUGUAAUUCUCUUUGUUUUUGUUUUUUUUGUUGUUUUUUUUUCAGAAAUAAAUACAAAAUGUGAUUUCUGAUUGCUGUGAGUGUUACAUUGGGGUGAGAAACGCGUUCUUCGUGUUCAUGUGUACGGUAUUGUAAAAUUGUGACGGAGAGUCUUGUUUGUGUAAAUGUCUGAAUUAACAAUAAAGAUCUACGACGAGAAAAAAAAAGAUUCUCUAUUCA